AUGGUGUCAGCAAAGGACAUGAACCUCCAAGGUCGAAGCCCGACAGCUUCCCCACAUUCAGCACGCGACAACGGCCUGAAAGCAGAGGGCCAAGUUCGCGAGGCUCUUGUCGUCGAGCUUGAGCCCGACGAAGUGAUCUUUGACGAGGAGGAUACGACUGAUUCAGACGAGGAAAUCAUCUUGCAAGCGCGACGUUUGUCGCUCAACCAACCACCAGGGUUGACGUUUUCGCAACCAGGAUGUGCGGUAGGAGACGAGAUCUCACGGAACCACCGCGCUCGUCUGGAACAUGCCGCUACCACACCGGCUGGAGCCCCUGUCGAUCAUCUCAGUAGCUCCGCUUACUCGCAGGCCGGCGGUGGUGGAGGAAUAGGAGGAGUAUGCCACCAGCAGCAACAGCCUAUCAAGAGGCCGUGUUCGACUGAAGCGAUCAGACGCACCGACUCUCCGACCAACAACGAUAAUAACACUGUCGCGCAAGCCAUUUUCCGUUCCCAGUUUCUCACCGACUUUACACAGCGUGUUCUCCCACCACCGUUUGAAAAGGUGCCUGUCCAGCUCGUGAAUCAGUACACGCAAGAGGUGGCACGGACGGUGUCGAACCCACAGGAUCCACGUGCGCGAAUGCUUGUCAAGAUGCACCCAAAUGUCGUGCUGUAUUCACAGCAGUGCCAGCUGUUUGACAAUCAUUGGGAAGACAUUGAGGAUCGCGCGCGACGGGUGGCUCGACGGACAACGCAAUGGGUCCGUCUGAACCAAAGUGGGGAUCCCGAAUUGGCGUAUCAGUGGCUCCGAGGCAUGGAUAACAGCUCAUCGGAGCAGAACCGACACAAGGUUGCUCAGAGGGGCAGCCUCCAGUUGCGAAAGUGUGCCGUGUACAAGCAGGCGAGCCAGGUGCUCCAGCACUCGAAAGCCUCGAGUUUAUGA